AUGUCAGCCGAUGAAGAUCAACCCCGUGUUGUCACUACAGCUGAAGAAUUUGAUGAUUUCUGCACUAUACCACUGCGGGAAUUUCUAAUAAAGAUUGUUUUAGCUUCACCUUCACCACCUGAACAAAUAUCAAAGAGAAGAAAGAUAUUGUUUGGUUUGUUUUCUAAAAAUCAAGAGGAUUCAACAGAUAAAGGAGAAAUUGGUGUGUCUGAAUUUGAACAUCGUCAUCAAGGAGAACUUGGUGUGUUUCCUGAGCAUGACCAACUCAAGUUUGUUCCUUCAUCUUCCACAACGCCUGAAGGGACUUCUAAUUUUACUUUAGAUAUGGAGGUUGUAAAGACUUACAUCAACACAUAUGUUGAUAAAAAAAUUGUUGAGCUGGUUACACUAAUCUCCAAUAUACCUGUUGAGGAGAAAAUUAUUGAUCAACAACAAAGUCCUGAAGAAGGAUCGAAAAAACAUGACAGUCCAUGUAAGGAGAAUUUGCUGUGGAAACAGAGUUCCAAACGUGUAUACACACAUAAUGAAUGUCCAACAACAACUGACGUUCAAAGCGAACAGAAGGAUGAGAAUAUGAUCGAUAAAGAAGAAGGUCGUGAAGAAGAAUUGAAAAAUAAGCACAGUCCUGAUAUGAAAGAUUUGUCGGAUGAUGUCGGUGGCACAAUAACUGAUUCAGUUCAAGAUACUAUAGAUGCACUAUUAUUUGAUUUGCCAACACCUUCAACUACAAAGUCAUUGGAUGUUGGUACACCAAAUAUAGUGACCAAAAGUCAGUGGACAAUUCCCAACAGCCACAAAAGCACCUGUAAAAAGGGACCGAAAGAAGUCGAGGAUUAUGAGGUCACCCUGCAUAACAAAAUUUGGAAACAAACAGACAAUCACUAUCUUAAAAAUGCUCCAGGAUUAAGUUAUCCUCAGUUGGACUUUAUCGCUGCACAGUACUUAGAUGAGAUAUUCUACCAUUUAAGAAAGGAAUCGAAGUUGCAGCUGUGUGAUAAUUAUAAAUAUACAAUAAUCAGCUACUUCUUUAAAACAUAUAUCGAUAAGACAUAUAGUCGAUAUUAUCCAACGGAUCAAACAGAUCAGAUAUCCAUGCAAGAAGAUUAUGAAGAAUCUUAUGCUUUGGCUAAGAAUAAAGAUGCUAUUACAAAUACAACUAAUGGAUUCUAUAUUCCUUCUGGAUUACCAUGGCAUAUGGUUGAUGAGGUAAAUGUUUCUGUUAAUUGUGGCAAAGAAUUUCACUGGGUAUUGAUUGUAUUUGUGUUAAAGGAGGGAGUGAUACGUGUGUAUGACUCAUUGUCAAGUAAAAGAAAAAGGAAACUACCAAACGAAAUACAAAAGUUGGAAGUGAUGUUGCGUACUUACUUGUCAGAUAGUGAUUUUUUUGAAAAGACAGAGCGAACUGACUGGUCAACAUUGGAAGCGUAUAAAGGAAAGCUUGGUCAGCAAACUGAUCUUAUCAGUCAAAACCUAUUUUAUGUUGACUACAUUAAAAACAUACCACAACAAGCAUACGAUAGUUUGGACUGCGGGGUCUUUGUGGCUGCAUAUGUAGAAAUAUUAAGUGAAGAACAGCAAGUGCAUUCAUGUGGGUUUGAUGUUGAAAGUCAACAUGCACGGAACUAUCGGGAGUUCAUAGUCCUGACAAUGGUGUUUGGCUUGUACAAUUCUGAGCAGUAA